AUGGCAGAGCUUCUCGGCGUCGUAGCUGGUGGUGCGGGACUUGUGUCUCUGGCACUUCAAUUAGUCGAUGGCGGCCAGAAACUACGGCAUCGCUAUAAGAACACAAAGGGUCUUGAGGGUAAUGUACUAUGGCUGGGUCAGGAUCUCGAACUAAUAGGACAACAACUCAUCCAGCUUGAAUCAAGUGCGCCGAUUAUUCUUCAAGAACAACUGGGCCCGAUCAUGCUUGAAAGGUGUCGAAGCCGAUCAGCAAGCGCGGCAGCCCGUCUUCACAGCUUGGGAACUACCGAGAAAGAAGAAUGUGCAACGCCCACAACCGUCUCGUCAACUCAGGUUGCACGCACUGAGUAUCCCGGCAUAGACCAACAAGGGAUCGCACAAUGUUCAGUUCGCAAAGUAUCGUCCGCACACGACACGCUGUACAGCGAAUACAGUGUCGGGACACUGAGAAGUCUAUACGGUCUUUUUAUGGUUGAGUUCCAUACAGAUGAGCCAUGCCGUAGUCUGGGGCACUCCUCAAACGCAAUCCAGAUUCUGGAAAUAGUCCUCUACUCCAUCACUCAGUGCUAUAUGAUUCAAACGAGGACUUCGUGUUCCUUAUUAAGAAGACCUCACGGCCUUUGGAGCACCGUACAACAGCCCUUACGCGCUCUGAGUCUUCUUGAUGCCGGCCAUGAAGUUGAUACCCAUGACAAUCGUUGCAUCACUCCGUUGAUGUAUGCUGUAGCGAUGAAUGCAUCAGAUUCCGUGCUUUUGCUUCUAGAGCGUGGCGCCGACCCUUUUGUUUUCCAGAAUUAUAUUCUUAACUACUUCCCGUCAGAACGGAACAGCUGGGAUCCGCUAUGGAAGAUAAUAGACUGGGCAGCGACAUCAAGUUCUGUUGUCGCGCCUCGACUGAUCCAGAAUGUAUUGUUCGGGAGUAUUCCGAGAACCGACGAAUACUACUCUGCGCAUGAGUCUGAUGGUGUACACAAUGGCUGUCUCAAUUUUUGGACCAAAGUGAUCACCAAACUCGGUAGCCCAAACAUUAUCUUUAAUGAUGGAAAGACGCUGAUGGAUUAUGGCGACAGCUGCCUUUUACGACUUGUUCGAUUGGCUGAUCCCUCGCUUCUCCGUGUUGCGGUUGCGAACGGUGCUGACAUCAAUCUUGGCUACCCGUCCUUCACGAACUAUUUGAGUGUUUCAUGGAAUCUGGUGGCUGUCUACCAGGCUCGAAUUUGGUAUCUUGCACGAAGCUCUUUUACAGAUCCGAGUGGCUUAUCUUUUUUUGAAUGGUUUGAAGUGUUGGAAAAGCGAUUCAUGGUUACAGAAGCCAAAUCCGUCCGUCUGUCUUACCUUCGUAAAGCACACUUUUAUGAACUUGGUCUUCAUCACACCGAUGUCGCCUGCAGUGCUUGUGGAUAUGAUUUCAAUGUGGAAGAUGACCGCUCCUGGGACAUUUCGGAGCAAAUCAAGCUUGAUGACUUGGAUUCUCAGAUGCGAAUUAUAUCCGGGAGAGACUACUAUGAUUUAAAGCUGGAUGCUAUGAUUUCGAAACGCCGCGAGUGA